AUGGAAUUUCUCCCACCUAACACUACUGCUUUGAUUCAACCCCUUGACCAGGGCAUUAUACACGCAUUCAAAGCAGAGUAUAGGAAAAUUCUUGUUCGAAAACAGAUAAGUGCAAUUGAACGUGGAGUUCCACUUCAAACUUAUAUUAAAUCAAUAUCUAUAUUGGACGUUCUGCAUUAUAUCAAAAGGGCUUGGUGGUUAGUGAAGCCUGAAACAAUUUGUAAUUGUUUCAAGAAGGCAGGAAUUUGUAAUACAAACGCAGAUGUGGUAAGCUGCGAAGUUGAGCUUGGUAUUUUGGAGGAAAUACCAAACACCGAAGAAUACAUACAUUGCGAUGACGAGCUUCAAUGUAGAGGACUUCUUACAGAUGAACAAAUUGUUGCGAACCUGUGCGAUGUGCCUUCAUCUGAAAUCAGUAGUGGAGAUGAAAACUCAGAAGAGAAUCAUGAUGUCUCAAAAGCCACUAGUGUUAAGGAGGCAUUAUCCGCAUUAAAUACCUUGGAAACAUUUUUCAUGGAAAACCCUAUGGAAACAAAUUUUAAAAUCUUUGAAAUGGAAGAAAUGAUUGUCAAAUUUGCAAAAACAAAAAAAGUUUCACAAAGUAAAAUCACUAGCUAUUUUUCGUAAAAGAGUUUCUAUCGCAAUAUGUACAUAU